AACAAUUGUCGCGCAGUAUUAAGUUGUGUGUCGUUCUGUUUGCUUGCAAGCUUUCGCGAUAUAACAGUAAUAUAGUAGUGUCCAAGUGCUAACACUUAACACAUAAUAUAUAUAUAUAUAUAUAUAAAUACAUUGGUACAUGUAUAUAUAGAUAUAUAUAAUUCCACCCAACCAGUCAACACACCCACCUGCAUUUAUUUUUUGUAAAGUGCGCAAUUCUUUUGCCAUUUAAAACCAAACCCUAAAUUUAAAAAAAAAUCACCAGCUCAAAUUAAAGAUGGCUGCCCCAGCACCAGCACUCAAGGACUUGCCAAAGGUGGCCGAGAAUCUGAAGAGCCAAUUGGAGGGCUUCAACACGGAUAAGCUGAAGAAUGCCAGCACCCAAGAGAAAAUUAUUUUGCCAACUGCCGAGGAUGUGGCCGCCGAGAAAACUCAGAAGUCCAUAUUCGAGGGCAUCACCGCAUUCGAUCAAAACAAUUUGAAGCAUACAGAGACCAAUGAGAAGAAUCCAUUGCCCGAUAAGGAAGCAAUCGAGCAGGAGAAGGAGAAGAAUCAAUUCAUCGCCGGCAUUGAGAAUUUCGAUGCGAAAAAAUUGAAGCACACCGAAACCAACGAGAAGAACGUGCUGCCAACUAAGGAGGUUAUCGAGGCCGAGAAGAAGGCCUAAAUGCAGCACAAAAUAAAAUGUUUUUUUUUGUUUUUUUUUUUUUUUGCAUUCAG